UCGGACAGAAAAGCCAGGCCGGAGAGGAGCAACGUGCUUGACGGAGCUCUUUUCCCUCUCUGCUGUUGGGGCACGCUGCAAACAAGCUAAAAAAUGGUCCAAAAGAAGCCCAAGAAGAAGGUCGGAAAGAAGGUAGCUGCAGCCCCUCUGGCUGUUAAGAAAGCUGAACCCAAAAAGGUUACUAAUCCUCUGUUUGAGAAACGCAGUCGCAACUUUGCCAUUGGUCAGGACAUCCAGCCUGAAAGAGAUCUUAGCCGCUUUGUCAAAUGGCCCAAGUACAUCCGCAUCCAGAGACAAAAGACCGUUCUUUCCAAAAGAUUAAAGGUCCCUCCACCAAUUAACCAGUUCACACAAACUCUGGAUAAACAAACAGCAACACAGCUGUUUAAAAUUUUGGAAAAGUACAGGCCCGAAAGUGCAGCUGCCAAAAAAAUUAGGCUAAAGGCCAGGGCAGAGGAAAAAGUUGAGAAGAAGUCGGACACUCCAACCAAGAGGCCUAACACCUUGAGGAGUGGAGCUAACGCUGUUACAACUUUGGUUGAACAGAAAAAAGCUCAAUUAGUUGUCAUUGCUCACGAUGUCGAUCCAUUGGAGAUCGUUCUAUUCCUGCCCGCUCUUUGCCGUAAGAUGGGUAUACCAUACUGCAUUAUCAAGGGCAAGGCACGUCUUGGUCGUCUUGUCAGAAGGAAAACCUGCACAACUGUUGCUUUGACCCAGGUUGAUUCUGGUGACAGAGCUAAUUUCAGUAAAGUCGUUGAGGCCAUCAAGACCAACUUCAACGAUCGUUAUGAUGAGAUCAGACGUCACUGGGGAGGUGGUCUCCUUGGUAGCAAAUCUGCUGCUAGGAUAGCUAAGUUGGAGAAAGCUAAGGCGAAAGAACAAGCACAGAAACAAGGUUAAUAUUAAGUUGUCUGUGAACUUUAUAUAAAAAUCUAUAAUAAAUUAAUU